CUAAACAUGCAAACCAACCAGGUUUAUAAAACAUACUCCACCCCGUCCAUUAGAUGGCAGUGUUUACCACCAGUUCCUCGAAUGAACGCCUUCUUUCCGCCUAGUCGCUCGUUGAUGACUCGUUUUGUUUCGCUUUGCACGAUUUCUCUUGCGGAAGGCUCGGCUUCGGUUGCAGUUCGAGGCGCGUGUCUACAAAUUCAGGGGCAAAAUGGAGCAGAAGUAGAGAAAAAAAAGAGCGACGUGGAAGAGGAGGACUCACUAUAAAAAAAGGAACCUCAUUCCAAGUUUACCUGGCCAUGCAGGUAGGUAUCUGAUGGCCUCCCAACUGGGGCUAUCCGUGUCAGAAGGGAAUCUUUAAAGGGGUGAGAAGAGUUUUCCACGGAGCAUGGCCUCAUCCAAUGAUGAAGACAUGGGUGACAGACUGGUACACAUUAAGCAAGAGGACUGUGACUGGGGUCCAGUCGAGGACUGUUACGUAAAGUCAGAGGAUUGUGAGGGAAGCAUUUCAUUCUUUAAAGAGGAGGAGUGCAAGGAGUUGAUAAAUGAAAUUAAAGUUGAGGAUUCUGAAGACUUCUCGGCUAGUCUUGAACUGCAAAAGUCUGAAGCUGGGAAUCUUUUCGGGCAAGGUAUCUGUGAAGAGUCUCAUUCCCGGGCCACUAAUGCGGGUCAGCACAAUUUUAUGGAGCUGAAAUCUGAGUUGGAGUUUGAAGAGAAGAAAAUUACUGAAAAAAUUUGGAGAGAGGAAGAAGAGCAGAAGCCAUCUAGGAGUGUGAGAACAAAUUCACAGGAGAAUGUCAGCUUCUCCCCAUCCUCGUUUACGCAGACCUCUCUUCAGUGUAAGCUGCAACACAACCAGGACAAAGAGAGGAUGAAGAAAUCUACAAGAGGAUCAGAUCAUUUGACGGCAACCUCUUGGCAGUGCAGUUUUCUUCCUGCGCAAGAAGUCAUCAGUACUGACCAACAACAAGGGAAUAACACAGUUCAAGAAACUUUGUAUGCUGGACGAGAGUGCGGACAAACUUUUAUAAACAAGUCUAACUGUAAAGCUGUCAAGCCAGUUCGCAUAAGACCAAAGCCACAUUGCUGUUCUGAAUGUGGCAAACAGUUCACUGUCAGUAGCUGUCUUCAACGGCACAUGAGAAUUCAUACUGGGGAAAAAUCUCAUUGCUGCUCUGAAUGUGGCAAACGAUUCUUUGACAGUUAUAAGCUCCAAAGACACAAAAUAAUCCAUGCUGGAGAGAAGCCCUAUAGCUGUGCUGAAUGUGGAAAACGAUUCCCCAGCAGUGCCCAUCUUCAGAGCCACACAAGAAUUCAUACUGAAGAAAAGCCAUAUUGCUGUUCUGAGUGUGGCAAGAGAUUCUUCUAUAACAGCUGGCUUCAGGCACACAUGAGAACUCAUACUGGAGAAAAGCCUCAUUGCUGUUCCGAAUGUGGUAAACGAUUUUCUGACAGUUACAAGCUUGAAAAACAUAAAAGAAUCCACCCUGGAGAAAAGCCCUAUGGCUGUUCUGAAUGUGGAAAAACAUUCACCAGCAAUACUCAUCUUCAAAGUCACACAAGAGUUCAUACUGAAGAAAAGCCAUAUUGCUGUUCUGAAUGUGGUAAACGAUUCCUCUAUAACAGCUGGCUUCAGGCACACAUAAGAAUUCAUACUGGAGAAAAACCAUAUUGCUGCACUGAAUGUGGCAAACGAUUUACCGAUAGUCGUAAUCUCCAAAGACAUACAAGCAUCCACACUGGAGAAAAGCCCUACGGCUGUGCUGAAUGUGGAAAAAGAUUCAUUAAAAAAAGCAAUCUUCAAAGCCAUAUAAGACUUCAUACUGGAGAUAAUCCAUAUGACUGUACUGAAUGUGGCAAACAGUUUACCACAAGUAGCCACCUUCAAAGCCACAUGAGAAUUCAUACAGGAGAGAAGCCAUAUUGCUGCCCCGAAUGUGGCAAACAGUUUUCAGACAGUAGUGCUCUUCGCCAACAUAAACAAAUUCAUACUGGAGAGAAGCGAUAUGGCUGCUUUGAAUGUGGCAAGAGAUUUUCCCGUAACAGCAGUCUUCAGAAACACAUAAAGCGUCACAGUGAUCUGCAGUCAUGAAUGAACCAGAUGAUUCUCCUGUAACGGCAGGCUUUGCAAUAAUUCAAAACUUCAUGUUGAUGAAAAAACUUACUGUUGCUCUAAAUGUGGUUUCUGUCAUCAGGAUUCCCUUUGGACACUGUGGCAAUA